CAGCAACAGAGAAACCAAGACCUAGCAAAUCAACUCAAGAUGGCGUCCUCGUCGGCGCUGCUGGUUGCGGCGGUGUUGGCCGUGGUCGUGUGCGGCGCGCACGGCAUCGCCAAGGUUCCCUGUGGCCCCAACAUCACGGCGACCUACGUCAGCGAGUGGAAAGAUGCCAAGACGACGUGGUACGGCAAGCCGACGGGCGCCGGGCCCAAGGACAACGGCGGCGCCUGCGGGUACAAGGAGGUGGACAAGGCCCCCUUCUUCGGCAUGACCUCCUGCGGCAACGUCCCCAUCUUCAAGGACGGCCGCGGCUGCGGCUCCUGCUUCGAGCUCAAGUGCACCAAGCCCGAGGCCUGCUCCGGCGAGCCCACCAUCGUCACCAUCACCGACAAGAACGAGGAGCCCAUCGCGGCGUACCACUUCGACCUGUCCGGCCAUGCCUUCGGCACCAUGGCCAAGAAGGGCCAGGAGCAGAAGCUGCGCGACGCCGGCGAGGUGGAGAUCAAGUUCCGCCGCGUCAAGUGCAAGUACCCGGAGGGCACCAAGGUGAACUUCCACGUGGAGAAGGGCUCCAGCCCCAACUACCUCGCCCUGGUGAUCAAGUUCCUCCAGGGCGACGGCGACGUGGUGGCCGUGGACAUCAAGCCCAAGGGCAAGGACAAGUGGAUCGAGCUCAAGGAGUCGUGGGGAGCCGUUUGGAGGAUCGACACACCUGACAAGCUCAUCGGCCCAUUCUCCGUCCGCUACACCACCGAGGGCGGCACCAAGACCGUCGCCGAGGACGUCAUCCCCGAGGGCUGGAAGCCCGACACCUCCUACGAGACCAAGUGAAGUCAAGAACAAGAUGCAUGACUCUUCUCUUCCGGCCACCUUAAUUCAUUCAUUCAUUUUGGCUCAAGAAGAAGAAGAAGAAACCAGCUAGACGCACAUAUCAUAUAGGAGUCCUGCAUCUGCAUGCAUGACGAAGGUCAUUCGUGCUGUCUGUAUAGGGAGAGGGUCAUUCAUGCAUGGACACCUAAUACUUUGAGGUCCCUAACGAAGGAGGCAACCACCCAAGGAUUUGUUUGCUCUCCCGCGCGCCCACUCUCUCUAUUGGCCCCCAUUUUUUUAUGCAUCUAAAUCUGCUCAUAACAGAUUUCGUUAGAUGUUUUAAACAUUAAUGAGGUCCUUUGUUCAAGAGUAAUACAUUAUUUAGACCUCACAAUUUCAGUUACAGACUAAUCUAGUGCUCUAGCAUGGCCUUUUGGAAUAAUAUAAUGGUUGUUCGAUUUUGUUUUCUUCUCCCAGAGCACCACGAAUGUCAUUUCUUUACCAAAAUUUGCACAUGGGGUAGAACACUUGACCAUAUAUACUCGAAAUAUU